UUAAGUUGGCGUUUGACCAACGCGUACGAAAAAAAAAAAUUUUUGAAGGGCAUCUCGGAAAAAAUAAAACUUUUUAUUUUAUUCUACAAAAAGAGUUCGUAAACAUUUUCUGAAGUUAUCAACGAGACGAGAGACGAAGAAGCUUCUUUUAGCGAAUAGCUCCGUUCUCUGUGAGAAAAACCCUAAAUUCUCUGAGAGAUCGAUCAAAUCGGAUAGCACGCAAUAAUGGCGAAUAGUAAUCUUCCUCGAAGGAUCAUCAAGGAAACUCAACGUCUUCUUAGUGAACCCGCUCCGGGGAUAAGUGCGUCUCCGUCAGAGGAAAAUAUGCGCUACUUCAAUGUUAUGAUUCUUGGUCCUACCCAGUCUCCUUAUGAAGGUGGAGUUUUCAAGUUGGAGCUCUUUUUACCUGAAGAAUAUCCCAUGGCAGCUCCCAAGGUUAGGUUUCUCACCAAGAUUUACCAUCCUAAUAUUGACAAGCUUGGAAGAAUCUGCCUUGAUAUACUGAAAGACAAGUGGAGUCCUGCGCUACAAAUAAGAACUGUGCUCUUGAGUAUUCAAGCUCUUCUAAGUGCACCAAAUCCAGAUGAUCCCCUCUCUGAGAACAUAGCUAAGCACUGGAAAAGCAAUGAAGCAGAAGCUGUGGAGACAGCUAAGGAGUGGACUCGUCUAUAUGCAAGUGGCGCUUGAUAUAGAGUGCAGAAGGAGAAAGUUCUUUGUCAUUUUAAAUAACAUUAUAUAUGGUGAAACACUAUAUCUCAAGGUUUUAUCUGAAUCCUUCUUUCUAAAACAGGAAAGAAAAAGAUUUGUACUCUAUGAAUCUGUAUAACUAGGGGGGGGUCUAAGACUCGUUUAUCCACAUUUGCAAACUAACUUUCUUCAAAU